AUGUUUCCUUCCCUGCGCAGAGACAAACAGAGCGCUCUGCAGAACAUGAAGAACUACAAACCUCAUGAUGAAGGCCAGCAGCUCAGGAUUCUUCUUCAUGGCCCAGCUGGAGCUGGAAAGUCCAGUUUCAUCAACUCUGUUCAAAGCCUGUUACAUGGCAGAAUGUACACACUGGCUUUGGCAGACAACAUCUCUCACGACAGUUUCACCAGGAAGUACACAACCUACAAGAUCCAAAAAGAAAGUCCACAGUCCUUUUACCCUUUUGUCUUCAGUGACAUCAUGGGUCUGGAUUCAAACAAAGGUGUCAAAGUGGAAGACAUCAAUCUGGCUUUGAAGGGACAUAUGAAGGACGGUUACAGGUUCAAACCUGAAUCACCGUUGUCAGAGGGUGAUCAAUUCUACAACAAAUAUCCCACUGUCAAUGACAAAGUGCACGUUCUGGCUUGCGUUAUUAAUGCCAACACAAUGUCUCAAAUGACAGAUUUAACUAUAGAGAAGAUUCGGAACGUCAGGCUGGAAGCCAGUCACCUGGGAAUUCCUCAAGUGGCCAUCCUCACCAGAAUUGAUGAAGCCUGUCCUGAAAUCAAACAAGAUUUAAAGAACGUCUACAGGAGCAAGUUCCUGAAGGAAAAGAUGGAGCAGUUCAGUGCAGAAGUGGGUAUUCCCAUGAACUGCAUCUUCCCUGUGAAGAACUACCAUGAAGAAAUCAACCUCAACAAUGACGUUGACUCGCUGCUCCUGAGCACGCUGACAAACAUCAUCAACUUCGGAGAAGACUGCAUCAACUUCAAAAAGAGUCAGUCUGAAUGUUGAGACAGAUGUACGGGUAUGCUCCUAAAUGUUCUCAGAUAAUAGUGGUCCUGCAUACUCAGCAGCUAUAAUACCAGGUGUGUGCUUCAUGUAAAGUGCUGCCAGUGAAUAAUGUAGCCAGAAGUUCCUUUUUACUGGUGGUGUUCAGCUUCAUGUUGGGUCAGCGGGACAUUUUUAUGGAUCAGGGUAACAGAUUGAUAAUGUCAUUUGAAAUGGCAUUGUUACUUAAGCUGUUUUUGUUUUUUGAUGUGGAGUUUUUCUUUCUUUAAUUGUGGUGAUGUGCUUUUGGAUUUUAGUCUCAUGCUUCUUUCUGUUUUCUUUGUUUUCUAACAUCGUGGGGCCAUGUUGAAAACAAAUGUUUUCCUUUAGAUAUUCGUACUGUGUCUGAUAAUCUAUAAAAUCAAUGUUUGAAUGCAGCAUAAAACGGCUGUAUUUCAUUACAAACAAUCAGGUUUUAUAACAAUCUUGUAUAUGAAUUCCUGAUUUUUUGAAUAUUUGUAUGUUUUAGUGUAAAGCCCCUGAAAACAUGGCUUCAAAUGUUUUUAGUAUUUCUUCCCAACAUUAAAUAUUUAUGACUAAAUUAGCAACAAUUAAGGUUUUAAAAAAACAAAACAAACAUCUUUGGUUAUUCUUUCUGAAGAAUCUAACAGUCAGAACCUGAGUUAAUCUGGUUCU